CAGCAUGCACUAUACAGAUCACUUCUUCGAUGUCAUGUAGAAAGGAUUCAAAAUAUAUAAAAACAUAUAAGGAAUUGAACUAGAUCACUGCUACAACAAAAAAAACAUGCAGAUUAGGGUAUAACAAAACCAAAUACCUCGAACUGAAUAAUACACUGCUCCUUCGUUGGCCCAUUUUCUUCAUCAUCUGAAUCAGAUGAGGAAUCUGACAUAUUUCCAUCUCAAUUAGCAUCUUUAACUGUCUUAAAGAUUCACAGGGGAGUGUAUGAGUGUAUUUCGGAAGAACGUGGAUCGUCCUAACCGUCGCCCGAAAUAUCAGGCUAUUUGGCAGGAACGACCCUAAACAGUUACCGCGACCGCCGAAUUUACCCGAAAUAUAUUAAGCCAGCUUCCGCGAACGACAGCUGCCUCGACCUCGGAAGUCACUGCAUUCUCCGACAACUCAACUCAUCUCUCUCCGAGCAUGGAACAAAUCAUCGAGUAUGAUUCCGUGGUUGCUGAUGCUCUUUUCGGCUUCCCGGACUCGCCCCCUUUCCUUCCGCCCUUCUCCGACUCCACAAUCCUCACUUUCCCGCCCCCGCCGCCAUGCGACAUCUCCUCCGUCCCUCACAGCAGCCCCAAACGCCACCACAGCGGCUCCGACCUCUACAUUCAUGACUUUCCACAGCCGCAUUUUGAUUUUGAAAUUCCCGAUUAUGAUCCCACAUUGUUUGCCGAGUUUGAGGCUCCGCAGCCGCCCUCAAUCGCCAUGGUUGCGCCGUUUGCCCAAGGUGUUGUUGGCUUGUCUGCGCAGAGUAUGGCUGCGAGGGGAAGACGAAAGCGAAUCAGCGAGAAGAUGCUGGAGCUGGGCGGGCUUGUCCCCGGCGGAGCAUUGGUUGGGAUCAAUGGUUGUCCAAGAAAAGUUGUCAGCUAUGGAAAUGUGUGUGGUGCCA